AUGUCGCAGCCCUUUCAUGCUGGCGGCGUAGCGAACCAUCACUUUGUCGACCCGCUGAACAUAAUCAGAUCGCUCGCUGCGCGCUGGUCCGAACUUGAUAUCACUCAUUUGGGCUCAAUUGUAGCUCUUGCUGGCGUCGCGCCAUCCGCCUGGCGUUUCGCGAGAACCGCCUGGUCCGAAGUCUACGGGUGGAUACGGCGCUUUUUCAUAGCUUCGGUCACGGUCCCGGGGCGGGAUCCACUGAAUCGAAAUGUCGUCAAUUGGGUUCUUGCCAAUGUCAUAGAGUCACGCAAGAUCCGCUUCUUCACUGCGCGCACAGAGUCGCAGCUCGGUCGAGAUGAUGCCACGGCGUCGUUGAAGAAAACCCGGCGCCGGGCGCAGUAUCUCCCCCAUUGGGAGACCACGUGGUUUUGGCACGAGAAGAACCUUUUCAUAGUGUCCCGCUCAUUAGACAGCUUCAAUGCCUCUAUGUGCGACCCAGGCUACGAUGGAAUUGGUGGCGAGGAGCUAACCAUCAGCUGCGUCGGCCGCUCAGCGGCUCCUAUCAGGCACCUUGUAGAUACGUGCAGAGAAUAUUCCGAGAAGCAGAUGCAAUUUUUUGUCACCAUCUACUCGAGAGACCGCUAUGGGAUAUCUUGGCAGCCGAAAUCCAGGAUGCCCAUUCGACAGCUUGACACCGUUCACUUCGACGACAAGGUGAAGGAUGAAUUACUUAGCGACAUUCGCAAGUACCUCGAUCCCAAAACACAGAGGAGGUACAGGAAUCGAAGCAUGCCUUACCGCAGGGGUUAUCUGUUAUACGGGCCCCCAGGUACAGGCAAGAGCUCUUUGUCUACGGCGCUGGCCGGUGAAUUCGGUCUUGAUCUCUACGAGGUAAAGAUACCCAGUGUUCCGGCCGAUCAUGAUCUGGAGCAGAUGUUCCAGGAAAUCCCCCCUCAGUGCAUUGUGCUGCUGGAGGAUAUUGAUGCAGUUGGCAUGGAACGGGAUGCGGGGGAGAAGAGCGACCACAGCAGCAUCCACAGCAACAGGUCCAAUUGCACACUCUCUGGGGUUCUCAACGUCCUGGAUGGGGUGGGAUCCCAGGAGGGCCGCAUCGUCAUCAUGACGACAAACAAGCCCGAGCAGCUCGACAGCGCUCUGACACGACCUGGACGAAUUGACAUGAAGGUCUUUCUUGGCAACAUCAGCCAGAAGUCCGCCAAGCAGAUGUUUAUCCGCAUGUUCUCGCCUGAGCUAGAUACCUCGGAAUCGCCCUUGGACAUUCAUCAGAUAGAAUCACUCGGGUCUCAGUUUGCGGCACAAAUCCCGGAAGAUGCCUUUACGCCAUCCCAGCUUCAAGGGUUCUUCCAACUGAACCUAGACAGCCCUGUCGAUGCAGCUGAGAACAUCGCUGUCUGGGUUGAGAAGGAACUUUCUCGGAAGUCAAAAGAUGAAGGCGUUGAAAUAGUCCGUCAAGCUCACCCCCAAUUUUGA